ACUUUUCCCUGGGGGCUUUGUGUUCUUCAUUGGCGCCCUUCAGGAUGUCAGCAGAGAACGUCGCGCUAUGGAUAUCUCGCGAGAAGAAGCAUCCCAUUAUCACUCGCUCAGACAAACCAUCGGCUGUCGGCAGGUCAGGCACGGAGAACACACAAGCACACUCAAACACACAUGUGGUGGAUGGAUGCACCUGUUUGUGGUUUGUUUGUGGGCUGCAUGUUUGCUAUGUCAAGGGCCAGGGCCAGAUUGGCAAAGGAGAUCGGAGCCAGGCGCCCGUCGCCGCCCGUGGUUUCCCCAAGGAAUGCCACAGCAGCCUUUUCCCCCACAUCCAAGGCCGGCCUGACUCUCCCCCUGCUGCAUCAGGAGGCCGCUGACGCUACCGCCAGUGCAGAUAAGCCAGUGGCUCCCACAAGAGAUAAAAAGAGGAAAAUCCCCGGACCGAUAGAGUCCACGUCCACGGGUGAGGUCAUCAGCCGGCUGUUUCCCGAGGCGCGCGAAGACGAGACCGUCAAGACUACCGCCGAUGCAGCCACCUCGUUCAUGCUCGACUCCCUCAGCGCUAUGCGCAAGGGUGAGGGCGGAGCUGACGGCAAGCGUGGAGGCAGGGGGGGAGGCGGCGGCUCACGCAAACCGGCCGGUCUGCCCACUUCGCCGGUGGUGUCAUGCGAGCUGCGUCUGCAGGAGCUGGACUUUCUCACCACCAAUUUCGGUGAGCCCAACUCGGUGGCGGCAGCUUUGGCGUGUCAAAUGCUGGGAUUGGGCGGCCAGGGCCGCGGAGGCCCGAGCAUGCUUCAGAACUUCUUUCCCCCUGCUUAUGGUGAUGUGCUGAAGCGGCUCAAGACUCACUUUGAGAACGCCGUCUUCAGCACGGAGGUCGAGCCGCUUGACGAGUCCCUCGUCGCCGACGAAAGAUGGCCUUGUCAUCGGAGUGAGGGCAGCGACAAUGUGCCUGAGCUGGUGGAUGGGCUGGAGAGACGGCUGCUGGAGCGGGUGCCAUGGUUUGUAAUUGCAAGACGGCAGAAAAAGAAACUCGAUGCGCUGCUCUUGCAGGUGGGCGCUGGGCAGCCAAUCGGCCCACGUUGUUUGUCUUUGUGGGGUGGAUAUGUCUCCAUCAAUCAUGGCAUCGAUCCAUGCUCAGGUUGCUGAUCUGUCGAUGCGUGCGCGUGACGCAUCUCGCCUGAAGCGCAUGGCGUUGGUUGUGAUGGAGAAGACACAGGACAUAUACCGCCGCGUCAUCAAGCGAUGGAUAGUCGCACUCUGGAGACAGAGCAUCAAAGACGGCAGACUGUUCAGGUGGGCAAGAAGGCGUACGAUGCCGACAGACCUCUCUGUGUGUCUUUCACCUCCCAGAGACACGUUGGAGCGCCUCUACGGCAAGGAGCGUGACUCAUUAUUGACACCCUUCGUCCACUGGAGGUGCGACAGCAUCACAGCCGUUAAGGCAAAGGCCUGCAGGUCUGCUGCUGUCUGCGGUCACCCCCCGUUGUCAGGCUGCACACCUACCUGAGGCGGAUAGAAAAGCUCGACGACCACAUCAAGGAGAGCACCCGUGAGGCAACUCAUCUCCGUGAAGAGCUGACGGCCUAUCAGAAUGAGCUGGAGCGGUUGGAGGACUCUCUGUCAUUCAAGACCGAGCAGUACAACGAAUGCAAGACGGAAUUGCAGGGCACCAAGAAGGCCAACGAGGCACUCAAGGUACUGACUGAAAACACAAGACAGACAGAGGAUGAAUAAAGUGCCUUGCCUGCCUGCGCCUGGUGUGGCCCAGAAAAUGUGGGAGGAAUUCCAGCCGAUGAAGCUGCGCAAGUCGCUCCACGUAUCGCUCGAGGAACUCUUCACACUCAUAUCACAAAAGGCACAGCUCAGGUCAGCGAGCAAUGGAUCGAAGAGGCAAGGUGGCGUCCAUCCAGGGACUGCCUCUUGUCGUGUCUCUCUCUCUCCUGUGUACAGAGACCACCAAAAGGAGUCCCUCUUGCGCUCACAGAACAUCCGAGUAAGCAUGGAGACAUCAGGCGUGAUCCUUAUGUGUAUGGCCUGUCAUCUGCGGCCGUGUGCCUUUGCAGGAGAUGUUGACUGAGGAGGACACCCGCAGCCUCACCCUCUCACAGCUGCAGCCUGACCAGCUGCUCAUCAAGUGGAUCAACUACCAAUUGCACGUACGCCGUUUACUUCUCUGUGGCGAGUCAAGACGCGUGAAUGUUGACGUGUGUGUGUCUCUGUCUGGGGCGCUUUGUGUGCAGCGUGCCACCAACCAGGCAAGCAACCUGCUGGACAUGAUGGGCGAGCCCCUCACAGACCAGUCCCCCUCAUGGAUGAACAGCGCCUCGCAGAGGGAUACGUACACUCGCAGGUCAGCUGGUUCGCGUCUUCGCUGCUUCAUCCUGUGCACAGACAUUCUGAGAAUGACGACGUAUGUUCAGGUUGGAUGCGGUGCUCAAUGCGCAGCCUGUGAGCAAUCUUGGGAAGGAUUUGCGGGACAGUGUGGUGCUGGCGUGUGUGGCGGCCAUCCUCAAGGCAGAUCGGUCCAAGGACGGCAGCUGGAUAUCGCCCUGGGACCUGGAGUGCCUCGACCUCAGAGACCUCGAGAUGAGAGCCACUGCACUCAGAAACACAAUGAGGCCGGUAGACACAGACAGACAGGGAAGGAGAGAGACACGCAUCGCAUGGUAGUGCUGUCUCCUAUUUGCAGCUGGUGGCCAACCAGCGAGCGUAUGCGGUGCUGCGUCCAGAAGACAUAUCCCAAGGCAACCACAAGAUGGUGACGCUCUUCCUGGCAGCCCUGUUCCUCGCCCACCCCUCUCUCCCCCUGAUACCAACCGAGCAGAGGGCCUCACUCCGGAGUGAGGAAGGAGAGGCCGGCGGCAGCUCGUCAGACCUCACUGGGAGGCAGAAGAACGGUGGCGAGAGCGAGUCUGGUGCCACAGACGGGCCACCAACAGCCCCCUUGUCCAGGAAGGCCACAGUGGGGAUAGAAAAGGUGAGACGACAUUCGACCAUGAUGUCAGUCAGUCAUUCUGCUUGCCUUGCCUGCUUCAAUCAGGCUUUGGCAGGCGAGGCAGCCGAUGUGGGAGAUGAGACCGAUAGUGCCAGUGCUGCUGCCGCAGUGGCGCCCAAGACCCGCGGAACUGAGCGGCACCGCAUGGCGGCCGACGCUGUGGUGGACAUGUUCGAGUCACACGCGGGUGCGCUGGUGUAUGACCGGCUGCAGGACCCCACCGGCCUGCUGAAGUCAGGGGAGACCUUCAAUGAUCUGAUUCGCCUCAGCGGCGAAGAUAUUCUCCUGAGAUGGCUCAACCUGCAGGUGCGGUGGAUCUCGUGUGUGACAGGAGUGUUUGUGUUGCGGCAGGUCGGUCUUGAGUUGUUUUGCGUAGGUUGGUGAUCUGUUUGAGAAACCGAUAGACAACUUUGGCCCAGCGCUGCAGGUGGGUGGGAAGACAUGCGUCGAUCGAUCGAUCCAUGGACAGGAUCGGUAGACGGGUUGCUAUGGGUGUGGUGUUGCGUGCAGGAUGGCAUGGCGCUGUAUCUUCUGCUUCACGUGAUAGCCUAUGACGUCCUGCCGGAGGUCACCGCAGUGGCUGAUCCAGCUCUUCGGUCAGUCAGUUGGUCAGUCGGGAAUCCAUUUGUGUGUUCCCAUCCCGGUUAUCGCAUAGGGCGGCGAAGAUCACAUCCAUUGGACAGCGGAUCACGGAGAUUGACCAGCUGUCAGGUACGUGUGCAUAUCGGUACUCUGCACCUCUGCUGAACCACCCUCUCUCUCUCUCUGUGUGUGUGUGUGUGUGUGUGUGUGUUCAGAGCAGUGUCUAUUGAACGGCCAGGCUGACCUCAUCGCCGCGUUUGUCUGCGCCCUCUUCCUCUGUCGGUCCGACAUCCGCACACACAUGACGCGCCUCUCUCUCCUUGUGUUGUAGUAUGUGCUGUGGCGUCCAUCGCUUGUGCAGACCAAACAUGGCUGUAUCCAGCCGCUCGCCUAUCUACAAUCAUCACAACACGCUCGAGAGGAGACAGCAGGACUGGUGGGGACAGAAAGACACACCAACUCGGGUCAGGCGGUGGACACCCAUUUGCUUGCAGGCACCGUGUAUCCAAGGCGCAGGACUCCAUCUUCAUGGACUUCUGCCACGACCUAGAGAGCAGCUUCACAGAGGUCAUGUGUGCACUGACAGCCUGCCAGCUAGUCUCGCUUCAUUCGGUCUAUUCAUCCAUCAGAUAGCCGCUGCAAUGGAGGAGAUCGAGCAGGUACCUGGGACUCAUCUCAUUCCUACCUGCCUGCCUGCAUCGAAAAAGUCUUUAUGCGUUGUGUGUGCCCGUGUGUGUUUCGUCAGUAGACCCGUCACGUGACGGACUUGAUCCAAGGGAAAGGUGUGCAUCCAUACCCUACACAAGCGGGAUUGCCAAUGGAUAUGUCCCUGAUGCGGUCAGUGCGGGAGCUGCACACUGACAUUUUGGCUCACCGUGCGAGGGGUCAAAUGAGGGCGCUGAUGGAUGCCCGGGAAAGCCGAGACUUUGCCGACUUCACGACAAUUCGAAGAAGCGUCCUGCAGCGCGUCAUGCAAAUGAAGGUGCGCUCCAUGGCUCGCCCAUGCAGAGAGUAUGCGGUGUGGCGAUCCCCAUCGUGUGUGUGUGUGUGUGUGUGUGUGUGCCGGGCAGAAUGGGAAUGGCUCCUUGGACCGCCUUGACGAGUACAUGGAGAAAUGCGAAGACAUCCUUCGGUGAGUGAGUGAGUGAGUGAGUGAGAGUGAGUGAGUGAGAGAUGCUGACUAUUCAUCUGGUCACUCGCCCGACCCAUACAUAUACAAAUGUCGAUCAGCCGUCACUACAAGCUGAUUCGUCGUGUGUACCGCCACUAUGCGGCGAUGAGGCCCACCAGCCGCUACGGCCUCUCAUUCGACGCCCUUAUCGUCAUAUACCAGGUGAUUUGAACACGCAGAGACACACAGAGGCACACAGAGGCACACAGACACAGACACGCGACUUUCCAAUUUUUCUUCGUUUGGUCAGGACUGCAAGCUGAGGUAAAAACCGCACGUAGAUAGAGACACAGCAGGCCCACCUGUCUUCAUGCAUAUGCUUGCAGGUCCAAAGGUCUGCCUCCCUCGUCUGUCGAGGUCAUCUACAACGAGAUAUGCGAGGCGGCCGCCACAGAGAGGGGCGACAUAUCGCCCAGAGACUCAAGUGGCAGCGAGCAGAUACCCCUCGCACCCGACAUGUUCAUCGAGGCGCUGCUGAGGAUGAGCCAGAUCCGACAGAGCACCAAGAAGGCACUUCCUGACAAACUGGAGGAAGUACUCACUGACCACAUAAAGGUCCAAAGAGGGAGGGAGCAACGGACAUGAAAAAGAUAAGUCGUGACUUUGUUGUGGUGGGAGUGUGUAGGUGUACGCUCUUCAGGAUAUUGAGGAGGCCUUCAGGAUCCAAGCAUCCACGCCGAAUGUCCGCGAAGUGCUCAGGUACAGCACACAAAGACCCCAUGUGUGGAAUGAGUGUCAGCAUAUGUGUGAUGGCCAGGAAGCACGAUGACAUAUUGCGGAGCAUCUUCUUCGUGUAUGCGUCGCUGGACCAGUCAACAGAAAGCGCUCAGUCCAAAGUCACCACCAUGAACAUCAACGAGUUCUCACAGCUCCUCACCGACUGCGAGAUUCUCGACAGCACCUUCGGACAGGCAGCCGUCAAGGUCAGCCAGACAUGCACACCAAGCCACAACGACAUCCACACACGAAUAGUGUCGCAGGCGACUUUUGAGAACAUCCAGCGGACACAGCGGUCCGUGUCUCUCGCCGCAAGAGCGCGGGUGAGCAUAACCGAAACAGACUCAUGAGCGCGUCCCUUGGAUGCUCUCCAUUCAAUCACGCGAAAACAGGAUGAUGACGGCAAUUUGGUCCCCAGCGCAGUGACGGCCGCCGUGCCGCCCGAGACCCAGCCGUCGGGAGCUGCUGUGGGGGCGGGGCCUGACAUGAAGGCGGAGGACGGCCUGGACGACGACAGUGAGCUGGCCUUCUCCGAAUUUGUUGACGGCAUGGUCAGCAGAAAGACACACACACAAGGAAUGUCUGUCGCAUGUGUUGGUGUGGGCUGGUGGUGUGUGUCUCACACAGGUGGCUGUGGCGUUGUUUAAGAACCCGAAUCCCUUCAUCAGUGUCGACAGCAGACUUGAACGGCUGCUCGUCGAUAAGUAAGCUGAAUUCCAUGGAUCGACCGAUCUGCGUGUAUGUCUCUGCCUGCCUGUCGCUCUGUCAGGGUGUUCACGUCCUUGCGGACCCACUGGAACAAGCCUGCGGGGACACAGCUGGCCAAGACAAACCCUUCUGUUAGCAAACAGGCGCCUGCAUGCGAGAGAUAAUAGGCCUGUCUGGCUCGUGGGCUUUGAUUGCAGGUGUUACGGAUGCUGCGUCUUCUCUCUGAUACGAAGAGACGAAAGGGCUGACACGUUGUGUGUGACAUACGUGCAUCAUAACAUAGAAGGACAGCGUGAGUGUCUCCUCUUGGAUCUGACAUGAACGCACGAUGACAUUCAUAACUCAUAGAAAAACGACAUUCAUAUACACUCCCAGGGAUC